AUGUCAUCUGUCAAGUUUCCGUUUUCUAAGGCGCCGUUGCGCACGAUCAAGGAGAUACAAUUUGGUCUUCUUUCGCCUGAGGAGGUCAAACGAAUGAGCGUGGUCCAUGUUGAAUACCCUGAAACCAUGGAUGAAGCAAGGCAGCGACCUAGAGAAAAGGGCUUGAACGAUCCGCGACUCGGCACCAUCGAUCGGAAUUGGCGUUGUGCAACCUGCGAGGAAGGUAUAAAUGACUGUCCAGGUCAUUUUGGUCACGUUGAAUUGUCUACACCAGUAUUUCAUAUCGGUUUCUUAACCAAAAUCAAGAAGCUACUUGAAACUGUUUGUCACAAUUGUGGAAAAAUCAAGGCCAAUACGAAUGACCAGAAAUAUCUAGAUGCUCUCCGGUUCCGCGACCCCAAGCGGCGUUUUGACGCGAUUUGGCGGUUAUCGAAAGAUGUCCUCCUUUGUGAAGCCGAUCCUCCUCCAGAUGAAGAUGAACCUUUCGGCAAAGAAUCGUCUAAGAUGACUAACAGCCAUGGUGGUUGUGGAAACGCGCAACCCCAAAUUCGAAAAGAAGGUAUCAGUCUGGUAGGUACUUGGAAGCCGAGCAAAGCGCGCGAUUUGAUAGAUGAUAAGGAUAUUCAACAACCAGAAAAAAAGCAAAUUACUCCACAGAUGGCGCUGAAUAUUUUCAGAAAUAUCUCAGAAGAGGAGGUCCGAAUAUUGGGGUUGAGUAACGAUUACGCGCGACCGGAGUGGAUGAUUAUCACUGUACUCCCCGUUCCUCCCCCACCGGUGCGUCCCAGUGUUCUUGUUGGCGGAAGCUCCGGCGGCCAGCGUGGUGAGGAUGAUUUGACGUAUAAACUGGCCGAAAUUAUUCGUGCGAAUCAGAAUGUCACCCGAUGUGAACAAGAAGGGUCUCCGGAGCACGUUGUUCGCGAAUUCGAGUCUCUGUUACAGUACCACGUUGCAACUUAUAUGGAUAAUGACAUUGCUGGACAACCGCAGGCUAUGCAAAAGUCCAACCGUCCUGUGAAAGCUAUCCGAGGUCGCUUGAAGGGUAAAGAAGGUCGGCUUCGACAAAAUUUGAUGGGAAAACGUGUUGAUUUUUCAGCCCGUACGGUUAUAACGGGUGACCCCAAUUUGUCUCUGGACGAAGUUGGCGUUCCCAUCAGUAUUGCGCAAACACUGACAUAUCCGGAAGUUGUUACCCCCUAUAAUAUUAAUAAACUAGGCCAACUUGUGGAUAAUGGCCCUGACGUACAUCCCGGGGCACGGUACGUAAUCCGCAGUUCUGGUGAACGCAUUGAUCUUCGCCAUCACAAGGGCGGCGGUGGCCGGAACUUUUUGCAAUGGGGCUGGAAGGUUGAACGCCACCUUAUGGAUGGGGAUGUUAUUCUAUUCAAUCGACAGCCUUCUCUGCAUAAAGAGUCAAUGAUGGCUCACCGUGUUCGAGUUAUGCCUUACUCUACAUUCCGCCUGAAUCUGUCUGUCACAACUCCUUACAAUGCUGAUUUUGACGGUGAUGAAAUGAACUUACAUGUGCCGCAAAGUGAAGAAGCCCGUGCAGAGCUUAGUCAACUUUGUUUGGUUCCCUUGAACAUUGUGUCACCACAGCGAAAUGGUCCUUUAAUGGGUAUUGUGCAAGAUACACUCUGUGGUAUUUACAAAAUCUGUCGUCGUGAUGUUUUCCUUACAAAGGAGCAAGUCAUGAAUAUUAUGCUCUGGGUCCCAGAGUGGGAUGGUGUUCUGCCACAGCCUGCAAUCCUCAAACCUCGUCCUCGGUGGACGGGUAAGCAAAUGAUCAGUAUGGCAUUGCCAUCUGGCCUUAAUCUUCUGCGCGUGGAUCGUGAUCGAGCUCCUUUGGCGGAAAAGUUCUCGCCGUUGAAUGACACUGGUCUUUUAGUCCACGGAGGUGAGCUCAUGUAUGGAAUGUUCUCCAAGAAAACUGUGGGUGCAACGGGCGGCGGUAUUGUCCACACCAUUUACAAUGAAUAUGGACCUGAGGUUUGCAUGAACUUUUUCAAUGGAGCCCAGACUGUGGUCAACUACUGGCUGUUGCACAAUGGCUUUAGCAUUGGUAUCGGUGACACAAUCCCCGAUCUUGCUACCAUUCAAAAGAUUGAAGAAGCUGUUCGUAUUCGAAAGGAGGAGGUUGACACAAUCACCGCGAGCGCAACGGAAAACACUCUUGAACCACUACCUGGUAUGAGUGUUCGUCAAACUUUCGAAAGCAAAGUUUCUCGAGCUUUGAACAAUGCUCGUGACGAAGCAGGUACGGAGACCGAGAAGAGCUUGAAAGAUUUGAACAAUGCCGUACAAAUGGCUCGUUCCGGAUCGAAAGGAUCAACAAUUAAUAUCUCUCAAAUGACAGCCGUUGUGGGGCAGCAAUCUGUGGAGGGAAAACGUAUUCCAUUUGGGUUCAAGUAUCGUACGUUGCCACACUUCACCAAAGAUGAUUAUUCUCCGGAAUCUCGUGGUUUUGUAGAAAACUCUUAUCUUCGGGGUUUGACGCCCACCGAAUUCUUCUUUCAUGCGAUGGCUGGCCGAGAAGGUCUUAUCGAUACUGCCGUGAAGACAGCCGAGACUGGCUAUAUUCAGAGAAAGCUGGUCAAGGCUUUGGAAGAAGUAAUGGUGAAGUAUGAUGGCACUGUUCGCAAUUCGCUGGGUGAUGUUAUUCAGUUCCUUUAUGGCGAAGAUGGGCUUGAUGGGGCUUUCAUUGAAAAUCAGCGUGUCGACAUUAUCAAGUGCUCCGAUGAGCAAUUCCGAAACAGAUUCCGUGUCGAUCUUAUGGACCCUACUAAAUCACUUUCUGCUGAAGUACUUGAGCAGGCAACAGAAAUAGCGGGCGACAUGGAGGUGCAAAGAUAUCUUGACGAAGAGUGGGAACAGUUGCAAAAGGCGCGAACAUUCCUACGGUCAGUUGCGAAAGAAGAUGAAGAGAUGAUGCAAUUGCCAAUCAACGUCCAGCGAAUUUUGGAGUCUGCGAAGACAACUUUCAGAAUUCGUGAAGGCACAAUUAGUGACCUGCAUCCUGCAGAUGUCAUCCCGCAAGUCCAAUCACUUCUUGAUCGUUUAGUCGUUGUUCGUGGAGACGAUAUCAUAUCAAAAGAGGCUCAGGAGAGUGCGACAUUACUCUUCAAAGCCCAACUUCGUUCUCGCCUGGCCUUUAAACGCCUUGUUGUAGAAUACUCAUUGAACAAGCUCGCUUUUCAGCAUGUCCUCGGAGCCGUCGAAAGCCGAUUCGCAAAGGCUGCUGCAAAUCCAGGCGAAAUGGUUGGAGUCUUAGCUGCACAAUCUAUUGGAGAACCGGCAACACAGAUGACGCUUAAUACUUUCCAUUUUGCUGGUGUUUCGUCUAAGAACGUUACUCUAGGUGUCCCUCGCCUAAAGGAAAUUCUUAAUGUUGCUACUAAUAUCAAGACUCCAUCUAUGACCGUCUACCAAGCCCCGUCGCGUUCAAUGGACAAGGAAUCUGCAAAACAGCUUCGUAGUGUUGUGGAGCAUACAAGCUUGAGAUCUGUCACGGAAGCCACGGAAAUUUAUUAUGAUCCCGAUAUACAGUCUACAGUGAUCGAGGCUGAUCGCGACAUGGUUGAGUCGUAUUUCAUCAUUCCCGAAGAUGUUAUGGAUGAUUCAUCACGACAAUCUAAAUGGCUCCUUCGUAUCAUUUUGAGCCGACCGAAAUUGCUUGACAAAGGGCUUACUGUUCAAGAUGUUGCCUUGAAAAUUAAAGAAUCCUACCCUCAAGAUAUUGCCGUGAUAUUCAGUGACAACAACGCUGAUGAACAAGUGAUUCGGAUUCGCCAAAUUCAAGAUCCCAAGCAGGAUGACGAUGACGACGACACUGAAUAUGAUGUAACGUUGAAGAAGCUUGAGUCUCAUCUACUUGACACGCUCACUUUACGUGGUGUGGCAGGUGUUGAACGUGCCUUUAUUAACGAGAAGUCGCGCGUGCGUACCCUUGAUGACGGUUCUCUCUACAAGAGUAGCGAAGACCCGCAAUGUAAAGAAUGGGUGCUUGAAACCAGCGGAUCUGCUCUCGGCGACGUCUUAGCGAUUCCAGGAGUGGACGCUACGCGUACCUAUUCUAACCAGUUCAUUGAGAUUCUUGAAGUGUUUGGGAUUGAGGCGACACGAACAGCGCUGUUGCGAGAAUUGACUCAAGUGCUUGCAUUUGACGGGUCAUAUGUGAACCAUCGCCAUUUGGCCCUUCUUUGUGACGUUAUGACUUCUAGAGGGUUUCUCAUGGCCGUCACGAGGCACGGAAUCAAUCGCGCUGAUACAGGCGCAUUGAUGAGGUGUUCUUUCGAGGAAACGGUCGAGAUCUUGCUUGAUGCUGCCGCUUUUGCCGAGUUGGAUGACUGUCGUGGAGUUUCGGAGAACUUAAUACUGGGACAAAUGGCCCCAGCCGGCACAGGUGAAUUUGAUGUUUUCCUUGAUCAAACAAUGUUAAUGGGAGUUGUCUCAAACAACGCUGGUCUGGUCACUAUGGGCAAUGUCGACAAAGGCCUAUUGUCGGAUGGAGCAGCAACUCAGUACGACAGUGGUUCGCCAAUGCAGGAGACCAUGUACAUCAGCUCUCCUGACCCGGAUUCCCAAUUUUCACCUAUUGGCCAAGCUGGAUCUGAGACCCCGGCGGGCUUUACUGAAUAUCAGCCCCCCGGAUUUGGUGGGUUUAGCCCAGCUGGUGGCAGGAGCCCAGGAGGUUAUUCACCUACUAGCCCAUUCGAUACCAGCCCGACCUCGCCUGGGUAUUCUCCGUCUUCUGGCUAUUCUCCCACGUCUCCUGGAAUGAGUAUCACCAGCCCACGAUUCAUGGCAUCUCCAGGGUUUUCUCCCGCCAGUCCUACAUUCGCUCCGACUUCUCCUGCAUAUUCCCCAACUUCCCCUGGCUACGGACAGACCCAAUCACCUACCUCUCCUUCAUAUUCACCUACCUCUCCUGGAUUUUCUCCAACAUCCCCCAGCUAUAGCCCCACAUCGCCAAAUUUCAGCCCUGCUUCCCCCGCAUUUAGCCCUACAUCUCCUAGCUAUAGUCCAACAAGCCCGGCUUUUGGCGGUGUCACUGGUAGACACGUUUCUCCGACCUCACCAACAUCUCCAAAGUAUACUCCCACUUCUCCUGGUUGGUCCCCCACAAGCCCGGAGGCCUAUUCGCCAACUUCUCCCAACUUCUCGGGGUCCCCAACUUCCCCAGGCGGUCCUACGUCCCCAGGAUACAGCCCUACUUCCCCAACAUUUCACCCGACAUCUCCUCGUCAUUAA